AUGUCCUCGGCUCAAAGUGGGGAUAUAUCAGGCUACCAUCUGAGUGUGGUGCGUAAUCCGCCGGGCUGGGAGGUGGGGAUCUACCUAGUGGGCUUCUUCGUGCUGCUGUGUGUGGCCGGGAUAAACAUCUGGAAGCUGUGGAAAUCUGGAACUUUCCCCACGCCAUCCCCCUUCCCCAACUUUGACUACCGGUACCUGCAAGAAAAAUAUGGAAACUCCUUCUCAGAAGUCAGGCAAAAGAGAGUGGCCGCCAACAACCACCGGCGGGCCUCCACCGCCUCCAGCCGCAAACCCAGCUUGGCCCUGGGUGACACCCCAGACGUCUUUAGGGACCUGGGCCACCUGGAGCUGAUGAGCAGGGAGCUUGACCCUACAGGCAUGGCCCAGCUCAACCGCUCCAUGUCCACCGACUCGCUCAGUUCCAUCUCAUCCAUCGCCAAUAACUUCGGCCAUGACUUCACCGUCGGCCAGUUGGAGGUGACUCUGGAGUUUGAGCAGUCCAGACUGUCAGCUCAGGGACCGGGAAUGCUCCAUAUCAACCUGCACCAGGGCAAGGACCUGCUGGAAAGGGAGGAGGGAGACUUUCCAGGCUGCUUCAUCAGAGUCUCUCUGGGACAAGACGAGCUAAACAUCGGAGUCACAAGGGUCCAGAGAAAUGCAUACACCGUGCUUUUUGAUGAGCGCUUCUCCAUCCCUUUGGACUUGGCCAGUCUGGAUGAGUGCAGCCUGCGAUUUGCCGCUUUUGGUAUCGAUGCUGACGAGAGGAACAUCAGUGCGGGGGUAGCAGAUCUGAAGAUGUCAGACCUUGACCUGACCAUCAGACCAUUCAAUGCCUGGCUUUACCUUCAGGAUGUCAAUAAGUCUGUGGAUGCAGUCGGGGAGAUCCUCUUGUCUCUCAGCUACUUGCCUACAGCAGAGCGCCUUACAGUGGUUGUGGCCAAAUGUAAGAACCUGGUGUGGACCAACAGCAAGAACACUGCAGACCCCUUUGUCAAAGUGUAUCUCCUGCAAGACGGCAAGAAGAUCAGCAAGAAGAAGACGUCCACCAAAAGGGACGACAUAAACCCAAUAUUCAAUGAAGCCAUGAUCUUCUCUGUGCCGUCCCUCGUCCUGCAGGAGCUCUCCCUGAGGGUGACGGUGGCAGAGGCCACAGAUGACGGUAGGGGCGAGAACCUGGGUCACGUGAUCAUCGGCCCAGAGGCCAGCGGGAUGGGGAUCACCCACUGGAACCAGAUGCUCGCCACUCUGAGGAAGCCUGUGUCCAUGUGGCACCCUCUGCGCAGGAUCUAGUCCUAUCGACUCUCGCACAUACCCGACCUGUUUCAAGUUAAACACUUGCUUCUUCACGUUCCUUUCUCCUCCCCACUUGCCAUGCUCAAAUCUAUGGCACUGUUUUAGUAAAACAGAGUUUACAUUGUGGUCCACAGGAGGAUACUGCAUGUGGUCUGUGUCACCUUCGUGGCACAACAGCCAGCAUGCAACACAUUGAAGUAAAAACCAUAUCAUCAUAUAAAGGUGAGGAAUUUGAUAAGCCAGUGUUUGACCCUGAACUGGGUUUAUUAUUGAUCCCAGAUCUAUUAUUUGGCUUCAUUCUGUCUCUGCAUUAUGGGUGAGGGUGGUGUUUAUGAAUAAGCAGUCCCAUUUCUGAAAUUACCCAAUUCACCUACUAAAAGUAACUGAUGAGAUUUUAAAGGAUAUGGCUGGUAAUUUUCAUUUUUUUCUUAUUGUCAACUAAUCUCAUGUGCAGAGCCAAACCAACAAUGAACUGGUUGUACUUAUAAGUAUAUUCUGUGUAUCCAGAGCCUGAUAUAUUGUAUUCCUCUGUGCAGUAGACCUCCAUUGAUUUCCAAAGUCAUUUAAAAAACACAUCAGUGAUCUAUACCAUUGUUUUGGGCAUGACAUGUUCCUUCUCCCUGAAGACAACGGCAACUAUAGU